AUGACACACAUGAAGACAAGUCCAACAUAUAUGGAAGACAAGUCCGACACAUAUGAAGACAAGUCCAACACAUAUGUUGACAAGUCCACAUAUGAAGACAAGUCCAACACAUAUGAAGACAAGACAAGUCUGACACAUAUGAAGACAUAUGAAGACAAGUCCGACACAUAUGAAGACAAGUCCAACACAUAUGAAGACAAGUCCAACACAUAUGAAGACAAGUCCACACAUAUGGAAGACAAGUCUAACAUAAUGAAAACAAGACACAUGAAGACAAGUCCAACACAUAUGAAGACAAACAAGUCCGACACAUAUGAAGACAAGUCCGACAUAUAUGAAGACAAGUUACAAGAAGACAAGUCUACACAUAAGACAAGUCCGACACAUAUGAAGACAAGUCCAACACAUGAAAACAAGUCUGAAGACAACACAUAUGACAAGAAGUCUGACACAUAUAAUGUCCGACAAUCUGACACAUAUGAAGACAAGUCCAACACAUAUGAAGACAAGUCCAACACAUAUGAAGACAAGUCCGACACAUAUGAAGACAAGUCCGACACAUAUGAAGACAAGUUCAACACAUAUGAAGACAAGUCCGACACAUAUGAAGACAAGUCCGACACAUAUGAAGACAAGUCCGACACAUAUGAAGACAAGUCCGACACAUAUGAAGACAAGUCCAACACAUGA